UCUGAAGAGAGAGCCAAUUAGAGCUGAUCAGCAACAGCUGUGCUACCUGCAUGAUGGUUUUUAAACCGGGCAUGUGGGAUGGGAGAAACAUCUUCUCUUGGUGACUGAAAUGAUGGGAGCUGUUUGGGCCUUUGUUCUUUGUGUGCUGGCUGUUUGGAUCAAUGAAGGCUUGAGUUUGCCAGUUGGUGGCAAAAAUGAAAAACGUGAUAAUGGGCUGCAGAGCAGAGUUAAAGAUACGUCUCCCAAUGACAUCUCCAUGAUGAAGGUCCCUUUGCUUCCCCAGUCAUUGGGGCCCAAGUUGACCAAAGCCGCUAAAAAAGCGCCACUGGAAACCAAUGACGUAGAAGCUGAGGCAUCUGUUGGCCAACUGGGACAUGUACAAGCGCCCCUGAACAGACCCAAAGGGCUCAAAACCAACCAGAUGUCCGGCGAGAAGAACACCAACCAGAUGCCCAUUCCCUUGUUAAACUGGAAGUCCAUUCUCUUUACCAACCAGACGUCUGGCAAUGAGCUUGCCAGCAUGAUGUCUAUUCUCUUCGGCAGCCCGACAUCUGAUCAGCUCGCCAACAUGACACCCGAUCUCUUUGGGGGCUUGACGUCCGGCGAGCAGUUUGAAAACAUCACAUCCGCUCUCUUCCCCAACCUGACUUCCGGCGAGCAGCUCGCCAUCCAGGAGUCCUUUCCCUUCAACUGGACAUCCGCACUCUUCCCCAACCUGACUUCCGUCGAUCAGCUCGGCAUCCCGGAGUCUUUUCCCUUCAACUGGACGGCCGCUCUCUUGGCCAACCUGCUGUCUGAUCACCCCGCCAACCAGACGUCUGGCAAUCCUCCAGCCAACCUGACAUUGAUUCCUACGCCAAAGCUGUGGACCGGGUGUCGGUGGACUGAGCGGACACGGUCCAGCAUGGAGACAGAAGAUGAAGAGGGACACCAUCCAGCAUCGGAGAAGAAGCUGAAGAGGGACACGUCCCAGCAUCGAGACAAAGAUUGA